AUGAUUGAGGACUUUGUACACAACAAUGUUGUCAAUCCUGAAAAUAUGGCUUUAAACCAUAUACAAGAAAUUCUGAAAAAUAAUGGAAGUAGCUGUGAGAACUUCCAAUUGCCAAAUCCAAUUCCAGUGAAUAUUUACGUCACAGAAUAUAAUGUAGAUGAAGAAAGAAGACGUGGUGACUAUUUAUUAUCAACAUUAAAUGUUGAACAAAGAUACGUGUACGAUAUAGUUAUGCGAGCGAUUGACAAUGAGAAUGAACCUCAGCGGUUAUUUUAUAUUGACGGGUUUGCAGGAAGUGGAAAAACCUAUCUAUUUAACACAUUUCUGAGUGUUAUUCGAGGAAAAAACGAAAUGGUUAUUCCAUGUGCUUCAACUGGCAUUGCAGCCACACUUCUAAAAGGAGGAAAAACUUAUCAUUCCCUGUUCAAACUUUCAAUACCAAUUGAUGAUGGAGCUAAAUCUAAUAUAAGAGGAAACUCUCAAGCUGCACGAGAACUGAUCUCUGCUAAACUCAUUAUAUGGGAUGAGGUGAGCAUGACGGUUGGGCAUGCCUUAACAGCAGUUGAUAAACUCUUCAAGGAUCUAAUGAAGAAUCCUAGACCAUUUGGAGGAAAAGUUAUUUUAUUUGCAGGAGAUUUCAGACAAAAUCUUUCAGUAGUACCUCAUGCACAUAAAGCAGCCAUAAUUGAGUCAACUGUCAAAUACAAUCCUAUAUGGAGAAAUGUAACUCAGGUUAAAUUACAGCAAAAUAUGAGAACUGCGGAUGAAAAGGAAUUUGCAAAUUGGCUAAUGCAAUUAGGAGAUG